GCCAAGGAGGUGACAAGAAAGAGGCAGCAGCGCCCAGCUGGGGAGUGCCAGCCCAGAGAGGCCAGCAGUCAGUCAACAGGGCAAAGAGCUCCCUGGGCAGGAGCCAUGGCCUGGCCACCCCCCUGCUGGCUGUGGGUUCUGGGGACCCUGGUGGGGCUCUCAGCUGCCCCAGGCCCCAAGGGCUGUCCAGAGAGGCACUACCAGGCUCAGGGAGACUUGUGCUGCCAGAUGUGUGAGCCAGGAACGUUCCUAGUGAAGGACUGUGACAGGCAUGGAAAGGCCGCUCAAUGUGAGCCAUGUGUACCAGGGGUCUCCUUCUCGCCAGACCACCACACCCGGCCCCACUGUGAGAGUUGUCGACACUGUAAUUUUGGUCUCCGCAUCCGCAACUGCACCAUUACCGCCAAUGCCGAGUGUGCCUGCCCCAAUGGCUGGCAGUGCCGGGACAAGGAGUGUACCGAGUGUGAUCAACUCCCAAACACCUUGUUGACUCGUCUGCCUCAAGCCCCAGGCCCACAUCCACAAUCCACCAGCUUACCUUACGCUGAAAAGAUGGCAGAGGCCAGAAGCAUCAGGCCCAUGCAGACUCUGGCUCAUUCCAGGUGGCUGCCUGCCCCUGCACGCUCUACCCACUGGCCAUCCCAAAGGUCCCUGUGUAGCUCAGACUGUAUCCGCAUCUUUGUGGUCCUCUCUGGAAUGCUACUUGUUUUCACCCUGGGCGGAGUCCUGUUUCUCCACCAACAAAGAAAAUAUGGAUCAAACAAAAGAGAAAGCCCAAUGGAGCCUGCAGAGCCCUGUGCUUACAGCUGCCCCAGAGAGGAGGAAGGCGGCGCCAUUCCCAUCCAGGAGGAUUACCGCAAACCAGAGCCCGUUAUCUACCCGCUUGAAAAAGUGGCUUUAUGAGACUGGCAAUGACGAGGGCAAGUGGGAAUGAGCUGCGAGUGGGAAGCAGGAGUCCCCGUGUUUCCUGGCCCAGCCACCUUCUUCUCUGGGCUGCAAGAGGGGUGGAGCUCUGGUUGUAAAACACACUUCCGGCUACAAAAGCCCCACACGCUGUAUCGCUGACCUAGAAAAUCGGCAAAAUAAAGUGACAGACUACCACACGCUGCAGCUGUCCGGCUCUUUGAAAUUCCAGUUCUAAAAC